AUGUCGGCAGCAGAUGCCACCGCAGCUUGUGGUGCUGUCUGGGCUCGGAGCGCUCUCUGGAGGCUUCACUCAGGUGGGGGUGUCUUAGUGCCAGGGGGCCUCGACGCAUCAGAGGCCGCGUCCCAGCUCUGUCAAGACGGUCGGAGACGAGCCGAGGAUCUCGAACGAGAAGUCGGCACAAGAGUGCUGGAGGAGCUAGUUGUCGACGGCCACCUUGGGGACUUGGAGCCCGCUGCUGCGGAUGCCGAUGCAGAGGCUGCUGCUUGGCGCCGCGAGGCUUCGGAACUCCAAAGGCUUUGUCGACUCCGCCCGCCGCUGGCGGGGGCCUCGCCACCUUGGCUGCCUGACCUGCCGAGCAUUCACACAGUCUCAUCAGCCACAGGUCAGCAGCCGCCCAGCUACCAGGAUGUCUGCCAAGAGGUCGCUGCUUUCGUUACGGCUGUCUGCCAGCCGGAUAGGGUGCAGCGGAUCCUUCCGAACCCCGAAGCCGCGCCAGACCCUUCCGCCAUGUCGGAGCUCCAGAAUCUCUCCAGCUCUGCAGCGGGCUUUGUACACAGGCUGACUUCUAGGUUUCCGCUGCAUGCUGAUCUUGCUGGGCCAGUGGUUUUGGCAGUGCAGGCGCUUGUUCACGGACUCCAACUACUGCACCGCCAUCUGUGGCAGCACCAGUCAGCAUCUGCUCUCGCGGCUGCGGCUGCGGGCAUUGCAGAUGCUCCGCAAGCUCCGGCGAGUGAGCCGGGAGGUCUGCAGGCAGCGCUGGGCGUGGAGGUGGACGAAGCUUUGGACAAUCCAGAGGUUCUUUGUUGGUGGCUCCGCUGGUCAACCCUCUCACGGCGAGCUUCUCUGCAGUCUCCGCCUCCACAAACUGCUCUGCAGAUGCUGAGAAGGCUCAGCAUCCUCCAUCAGGAAGACGAGAAUCUCCGAGCCAAGGAGGACAUUGAUGCAAUCACGCCCUUCAAACUCGCAAAGGCAAAGGCCGAGGAGAACGCGGAGGACGAGGAGCUGGGGCGCAAGCAAGAGAUGCUCUUCCCAGGCGAGGACCAGGUGGAAGCCUUGGCGGCCUUGGGCCUGAACGAGGACGGCACGGCAGAGACGGAAGGCGAUGGCGCCAUCACCGGCGGCAGCAGCCUCUAUGACCUCUGGUCCAGCGAGGCAGAGACCAAGAAGAAGGCCACGGCCAAGGCCGCUGAAGGCCAAGCCCCAAAGUUCCAUCUGCAGCCACAGCAACUUGCCGACAUCUGCCAUCUCAGCCUGGAGUGCUUCGGGGACGAGCCCCUCGGAGUACAGGAGGCUGACGAGCUGCGCCUGGAUUCCCUGGAUGCUUCCUUGGAAAUCUUUGUUCGCCUCUGUGUUUGCGGCCUGGCAAACGAUCGCACGACGACGACUCUCUUGCCGGCCGCAGUCGCUCGGAGACUGUCCCCCCUGGUCAUGUUGCGACUGCUGCGAACGGCCAAACAGUUGCAGCCCGGGCCGAGCGUCUUGACAGAUGUGGAGAGUAUCGGCCAGAAGCGCACGGCAGCCGAGGCUCGGAGAAGUCUGCACUCUGCAGCAGCUUCCGCAUUUUAUGCUGAGAGCAGCCCUGCUAUUCUGUUGCAGCUGGCUGCUCCCCUGGCUGCCUUGCUGGCUCGGGUGCGAGAUCUUCUGGCUCAGUUCGAAGAACACCCCUCCCUUCUGGCAAUCUCAGGCCUUGUUGAAAAGAUGAUGGCCUUGAAUCUGCUGCAGACGACACCAAUGGGCAUCGUCACGAUGCUGGAGCUGCUCUUGGGGCGAGUGACAGUCUGGGAGGAAGCUGCCAGCCGCCACGUCUCGCUGCAAGCGCAAACGCAGCCUCUCAAGGCUCUGGUCGUCAGCUUGCGCGAGCGGCAGCUGCUCGAGUGGAAAGGCUUGCGGCAGAUUCGCGAGCGCUUCUGGGAACGCAACGGCUCCAAGUGGUGGCUUCACCUCAUCGGUUUGCUCUCGGAGGCCGCAGACUCCCGAAGCCUCAGCGAUGAGCUGCUGCGCUUCAUCCGCACAGCUCCACUUGGGGAAUUCCGGGCCCGCCUGCAAAUGCUUCGAGCGGCAGCCCGACUCCAGAUGGAGGCGGAAGGCAGCACCAGCAUGACCGGGUUGGUGGCGCAUCAUGUAUGGAACUUCAGCCGGAAAUGGCUUCCCGCAGUCGAGAAAGAGCUCUCGAAAGCGCAGCAGGCCAUGGAAAAGGAAGUGCAGGACUUGGUCAAGAUUGUGCGCUGGGACCUGUCGAACUACCAUGCUUUGAAGGAUUCGGCUGCGCGAAGCCACCGGCAGCUGAGCCGGGCGAUCAAGCGCUUCGACGACAGCCUUCAAGAGCUGGUGGAUCUUGUGCUCUCCUCGGCAUCCUCGGGCUCAGUCAAGCCAGCGCCGGCUCACCCAGGCAUCAAGUUCACCAAGGAAGUGUUUGCCCUCACGGACACGAGGGAAAUCUCCUCCGGACAAGCGGCUACUGGGCGGGUUACCGACAGCGACGAGUUCUGGUGCAAUGCUCAAGCUGUCGUGGGAGCUCUGCCCUCCAUGCUUGGGAGUCUGGAACGGAUGAUCGGCCAACAGCUGCUUCCAGAUUCGCUUUGCCUCUCUGCGGCUGCAGGUUCCGGUGUGCUGGAGGUGGCUGAAGACCUCUGCGCUGAAACCGAGUCUGUGCUGGAGUCCUUGCAAGACCAGGAGACGACCCUCCCGGUGAAGCGAAGAAGACUUCAGGGCCUGAAGGAGAUCUGCAGCAGCUUCGGCUUUGUGCCGCGCCCUGUGCACGACUCUUCUUUCGAUGUGGCGGAUUUCUUCGCCUCCAUACUUCCCACGCCCUUUGUGGCAGAAAAGUCCGAAGGGAAGGGCGAUCAAGAAUCUGCGUCAGGCCGGCAAGAGGAGCCGCCUCCGAAGAAGCAGAGGCUGCGUCUGCGGUCCAAGCAGAACCUUGGCGCUGCUGACCCUGUGCCGCUGCAAAAUCAGGCAGCGAGCUCUUUCCUUGAGGACUUCAAGACUGAGGUUGAGCAAGCCUGGGCGAGGAGUGAGGACUUGAUGUACGAAAUCCUGCAUUUGGCGUUGCGUCUGCAUUCCAUGAAGAGCCGGCCAAAAGAUCUCACAGCCGGAGAGAUGCAGGUUUGGCUCGGCCUGGCUGCAGCUUCCAUCCAAGCCGUCCGAUGCCACCGCGAUCGCUGUGUGGCCUUUCAGAAUGCUGUGGUGAAUCUUGCUGACACUUGUGGUGCGUGCAUGACGGACGUCUCUCUGAAGGUUCCAGGAGAUCUUCUGCGAAGGGUCUUCGUUCUGCUCGACCGGCUCUUGGAAGGUGGGCAUCAAGCACGGCUGCUCGGGAAGGCCGGCAAGGGCUCCUGCGACGAGCUGCAGAGUGCCAUCGGGAGCUUCGAGUCCACUUUGGCAUUUGUGCAGCACUCGGAGGAAUUUCGCUGCUGUCGUGCCGCUCCUCAAUCUGCGCAGCACGUCAAGGAAAGCUUCCUCCGCAAACUAAUUGAGAAGGCCAGUGCGGCCAGCAAGCAGAUGGAAGAAGGACUCGAAAACGCUGCGGGGCUGGUUCCUGCAUCGAUGGCAUCAUCAUUGAAACGAUCCUGUCAGGAUCUUGAGUCAAGCCUGACGCAGCUGCGGGCUUGCUUCCAGCCGCCCAUGGCUCCUUCUGCAGACUCUUUGCGGCCUUUGCGCUUGCUCCUCCUGGCAGUGCAGCACGCCCGCGAGGCGUACAGCUCUGACCCAUCGAUUUCCAUCAAGGCCGCGACAAAGACGAGCGGUGAAGAUACAGAGCAAGCAGAGGAAGUCCUUGCUGUGCCGCAGCUUGGACUUGGGCGCGAAAAGCACCUGAAAACCUUGUCGGAGAUUCUUCCACUGUCACAGAUCCAUGAUGCUCUUCAGCAGCAUCUAGAACAACUUCCAAGUUCAUCUGCAUCUCCACUGGCACCCUUCACCAGGCAGAUCCUGCAGCUGUCCAGGGCUCUGCUACUGGGCGGGCUUCAGGCCUCCUUGGCAACGGCACAGGUUUCGUUUGAGCUUCUUCGGCUGGUAUGCUUCCUGAUGGAGAAAGGCCUCAACUCCAAAGAAGAGGAGGAGGAAGGGGAAGGUGAAGGCGAGGGUGGCACGGAGUGGCAGACUGGGACUGGCAUGGGUGAGGGUGAGGGCAUGAAGGAUGUUACGGACGAGAUCGAGGACGAUGCUCAGCUCGAGGGCACUCGCAACGAGCAGCAGGAGCAGCAGCCGGAGCCUGAGCAGCCCAAACCGAGCGAGGAUAAUGCGAGGGAGGUGGGCUUCGACUUAGACACGGAAGCAAAAGCCAUGCCACAGGAGGAAGAUGACAAAAAGCAAGAUGAGGAGAAGGAAAAUGAGGAGGAGCAGGAUCUGGAUCGUCAACAAGGUGAUGUGGACCUUUCGAAGGGCGGCAUGCUCGACGAGAAGUUAUGGAACGGAGAGGACGAGGACGACAAAGAAGAUGAGAAAGAUGGAGAUGAGCCUGAGGAGAAGGAGACGGGACCGCAAGAGGACAUCGAGGCACAUGGAGCGCAGGGCGAGGGCGAAGCAGACACAACUGCAAAGGACGAGAACGACAGCAAGUCAAAGAAGCAGCCACCUUUAGAGGAUCAAAAGGACGACAAGGCCGAUGCCAAGGAGGCGCCGGAACAGGAUCCACAGGAACCCGACAAGACGGAGUUUGAAGACAAGGAUGCGCAGUUUGACGUCCAAAUGCCCCAAGGGAACGAUGGUGCAGACGGCGAAGGCGAAGGCGAAGGUGAAGGUGAGGGAGAAGGCCAGGGCGAAGGAGAAGGAGAUGCCGACUCAGACUUCAUCAAGUCCGACAUCGAUAUGGACGGAGAUGGGGAAGGUGGUGACGACGGCGAAGGAUCAGAAGGAAGCAAGUGUGAAGAGGACAUUGGUGACUUGGAUGCUGCUGAUCCCGGAGUCCCUGAAGAGAAGCUUCCAGACGAUGCCGGCGCUGAAGAGCAGGAAGGAGUGGAGCCCUGCGUCCAGGGAGAACAGAAGCCCGAAGAGCAGCAAGAGCAGCAGGAUCAGGAUGGUGAGAAGCCGCAAAACGUCGAUCCUUCGAAGGCGCAGAGGCCCGAGGAGAAGGCGAAGGCUCCCGAAGAGCCGCUGAAGCAGGGAGAUCCUGGAGCUUCUGGCAAGGACACCACAGCACCCCAAAAGCAGCAGCAGGACGAGCAGAUGUUUGGAGGAAGCACAGGUGAAGCUGCCAACUUCGAGUCUCAGGCUCAACAGGACGCGCAAGAAGCUUCUGCUGGAGAUGAACGAGGAGGCUCAACAGCGACCGCGACCGAUUCAAAAGGCGACGCAGCCGAAAUGACUUCCGCCAAGCCGCAGAAGUCAAGCGCAGCCGACAAGAAGAAGUCUCCUGCAAAGCCGAGCCCUGCAGACACAGGGGCCAACGAGGAGCGCCGCCUGCAAAAGCUCGACAUCUUGCGAGAGGCUGACGGCGGAAACGAUGCCAUGGGCGAUCAGCAGGAAGCUGGUGCCGAGCAAGGGCUGCACCUCGCAGAUCCAAAAAGCGGGCUGGAAGCCUUGGGUGAGUGCCAAGAUGCAGCAGGUGCAGAUCAAAAGGCGCUGGGCGCGGAUGGGCAGGCGGAAGAGGAGAGUGAGAACGAGGCUCCGGCGAUGGAGGAAGAUACAGCAGGCCCAGACCAAAACAAGAUGCUGCCCAACAUGCGACUCCAGGAGUUGGAAGGUGCUCAAGCUCAAGAAGAGUCAGGCAAGCCCAGAGAUCCUUCGCAGAACGACGUCGACGACAUGAAGCUGGAGGGCUUCCGCGGUGGAGCCAGCUCUGUGCAUGCUGCGCCGACGGCUCUUGCUUCAGUACAGGAGGCGACGGGUGACAACAUGGACGUCGACGACGAAGGUGAAGGUGGCUGGAGGAAGAGGUCUGAGCACGAAGCUAUGCAGCUCUGGGGUCAGUUGGAGAGAAGCACAGCGCCCUUGUCUGCUGCUCUUUGUGAACAGCUCAGGACGAUCCUGGAGCCCACUCUCAAAGGUCGUUUGCAGGGCUACUUCCGCACCGGAAAGCGUAUCUCGAUGAGACGCGUGAUCCCAUUCAUCGCCUCGAAUUACCGCAGGGACAAGAUUUGGCUGAGACGGACGAAGCCCUCGAAGCGGGAAUACCAGAUCGUUGUGGCCAUCGACAACUCUCGGAGCAUGAAAGAGUGCGGCGUCGGCCCCAAUGCGCUGCAGACUCUCUGCGUUCUGUGCCAGGCAUUGGCCCAACUCGAAGUGGGUGAGUAUGCUGUUCUCGCCUUUGGCAGUGCAACUCCACGUGUGCUUCUGCCUUUGGGCUCCGGGCAGCCGCACGCAAGCAGCUUCAACUGGACGCAAGCCGGACCUCUGCUCCGGGAGUUCACCUUUGAGGAGGAAUCUGUUCAGAGCCACAACCGGAGUCUGGCGGACCUGAUGCGCCUCAGCUCCGAGCUCUUCGACGAGCGCAACGGACCAAAUCCUGCGCGACCAUUCAGCCAGAUGAGCAUCAUCAUCUCCGAUGGUCGCUUCAACAAGAACAAGGUACGCCCAUGGGUGCAUGCUGCGCUGGCUCGGCAGCAGCUGCCACUGCUGAUCAUCGUGGAUGCAGAAUCUGAAACUCCGGCAGCGAACGCCUCGGGCUCCAAACGAAGCGUCUUCGACCUGCGUGCCGUGACUUAUGAGGGAGGCAACUGCCAGGUCGUUCCGUAUUUGUCCGACUUUCCAUUCCCCUACUACGUGGUCGUGCAGGACUUGCAGACUUUGCCCGCCAUUCUCAGUGACGUGAUGAAACAGUGGUUCGAAUUGGCAUCACAUGCCUGA